AUGUAUCAUGACAGCAAGAGUGAUAGGAGGAAGGAUAACCUGGAGAGUUCACUCACUAUUCACAAUCUCACCGAAGAAAAAAAUAAUCUAGAGGCCAACUAUGACAAAUUGGUUGAAGGUGUGCACCAACUGUUAAAUGCUCAAGAGGAUAGGAGGGUAGAUUUCAGCUAUUUGCAGGCUAAGAUGCAGAAUGUGCAUGUUUCUGAUUCAGUUGUAUCUGACAUGAAGACAGAGAUGGGGAAGAAAGAUGCAGAGAUCUUCAAGCUGCAGGAGAAGUAUAAAGUACUGAUGAACCUGACACAAUCUCAAGGCACUUGCAUCAGGAACCUGAAGUUUAAUCAUCUAAAAGAGAAGGAAGUGCUUAGUACAUCCACCAGGAACCUGAAAUUCCAGGUUGAUGAACUAAAAAAAUCUGAGGAAAAGCUCACCCAGGAUAACACCCAGCUGCUCCUUCACAUGGGAGAUCUCAAGAAGGGGCAUGACAAGCUCACAACAAGGAGGGAUCAGCUAAAGAUUCAGAUUGCUGAACUGUUGAAGUCAGAGGAGAAGAACAAGCAGAAAUUGAAGGGGAUCCUGGACAUCUUGUCAGAAUGA